GAGAUCUGAAGCAUAAAGACAUGCGACGUCUCGGGUGCAACGGCCUUCAGAGUCAUUGAACGCUUGCAUUUUCCUGGGCCAAAACGCAGCUCUUAAAUUCGAGUCAGUGCCAGCCGAAAGUCGGUUUACUCUACAAGAAACUUUAGUUAGUUAAAUAGUUAAUUACCAGUAUGGUACUGGCCACGCCCCCUGUGAGUAAGGGCGGAAACGCGGGCGGCUGCUUCAUGGAUCAGUAUCAGCAAUACUCGGCCCACUGUGAAACCGCGGACAGUGGCAAUGGCAGUGACCUGGAGAGCACUGGUGUGCCCACCAAACCGGAUGACAGUGAGGAGAGUGGUCCCUCUUCCCUGGGCAGUGACUCUAUGCACGGGAGCAGCACGGAGUACGUGAGGCAGUCGGCAUCCCAGCCUAGUGGUCAGCGGCAGCGUCAGAAAUCCUUAAGGGUUCUGGGAGCCCUGCUACCGGAUAGUCUCCUUAGGGACAUAAGAGAUCGCAGGGGAACCGAGUACGUGGUGACAUUCUCACAGCCAGAAGAUGAGGAAAAGAAUCAGAUCCCAGAGCAGAUCCCGGAGAAACCCGGUCCAUUCCGCCUGGCUCGCGAAUCGCUGAGCGAGGAGAAAAUUGAGGAGUUGCGGGCCGCCGUGGAGCGGGCAAACUUUGUGCAAACCGGUGAAGAGACGCUGGACAGCAUCGAUGCCACCUCGCAAUCUCUGCCCGCCAGCAACAACAUCAGCGGACACCGCAGCAACAUCAACUACAAGUAUGCAGACGACCAAUACUACAGCUUUCACAUUAACGAGCACGAGAACUUCAGCGGCUUCUCGAGAAAUGGCGACGAGGCGGACAGUUCAAGGGGAGCGGGAUCGGAGGGGAGAUCCGAGAGCGGGAUCUUAACGGAGCAGCAAGACCUCUUCGCCGGCUAUCGGGAUGUGCGAUGUGGGGCCAGUUCCACUCAGUCCACCAUCCGAUCCGCCAAGGGAACGGUGCGGGGCGUCAAGAACCGUGUGCGCAAUGGAAUAGCCACGUUCUUGCAGCUCCAGCAGCAGCCCAAUGCCAAGAAUUUCAAGGAGAAAGACCUGGGAAAGGUGGUGCUGUACACUACCAGCAUGGGCAUCAUCCGGGAGACCUACACGAAAUGUGCCAACGUGAAGCAGAUCCUGCGCACCCUGCUGGUGAAGUUCGAAGAGCGCGAUGUCUUCAUGAGCGUGGAGUACCAGGCGGAGAUGCGUCAGCGGAUGCAGAGUGGCCACGUGCGUGUUCCCCAGCUGUACGUCGAGGGUCAGCACAUCGGAGACGCCGAGACCGUGGAGCGGCUGAACGAGUCCGGCGAGCUGAGGCAGCUGCUCAAGCCCUACAAGUCCAUGGCCAGUACCUUCACCUGCCAGACCUGCGGCGGCUACCGGCUGCUGCCCUGCCCCUCCUGCAACGGAUCCAAGAAGUCCGUGCACCGCAACCACUUUACGGCCGAGUUCGUGGCCCUCAAGUGCAUGAAUUGCGACGAGGUGGGCCUGGUCAAGUGCCACAGCUGUUGAGGAGUCCCAAUAGUCCAGUAAGCCCAGUUAGUCUUAGCCACCCAAGUCCAACGUUCGGAAUAUCCUAGGCCUAAGUAGUAAAUAGCUAAAACG